GCCACGUGAAAGAAAAAUUGACGUGCAAAUCCGUGUGAAGAAAAAUAAAGGAAAGGAAAAUGAUUGUCAAUAUGCCCGUCAAUGGGCCCAACAGCAGCUCAGGCGCUCAGCCGCAUUCCACUGAGCAUUCCAGUCACACUUCCAGCCACAACAACAACAACAACAACAGCAGCAGCAAAAGCAACAACAACAGCUGCAACGCGCUGCAUUCGAACUGCGAGUUCAACUUUCUCAAGCGCAAGUACGAAACACAGCUGGAGGAGCCCUACGAGCAGCUCAACUCGAAUCCCUGGAAGAAGCGUCAUCUGGACUACGAUGUGAAUGGCGUCGGGGUGGGCGUGGGCGCUGGCGUUGGUGUCGGCGUCGGCGCUGCCGGCGAUCUGUGCUUUCAGCUCCAGCUGGACACAAGCGCCAGCGGCACAGCUAGCGCCGCCUUCAUCAACGAUUUGUUCGCCUAUGAUAAUCAGCUGUUGGUGCCCGCUGCCUCCUACUGCGCGCCGCCCACAGCGCCCAUGGAGGCGGACGCUGGCGGCUGGCAAGCGGGAGAGCUGCUCGAAUUGGAUCAUCGCUAUACGACGGGACUGCAAACGGAAAUCUCGCAGCUGAACGCCACGCUGCCGCCAAUGCAAAGCCAAUCGGAAAACCAGUUGGAGUCGCAGGCGGAGCAGCAGCUCCAUCUAGCGGCCAGUGGCAGUGGCUUUCUGGUGCCCAUACUGCAAAAGCAGCCACAGCAGCAGCAGCAGCAGCAGCCCCAGUCACAGCCCACAGCACAAUCGCAAUCCCGUUCAUUGACCUGCCCAGCUCGUUGCUCGCCGGAGCCCGAUUUCGAGGACAAGAAUCUCUCCUGGCUACUCAACUUCAAGUUCGAUGAAUUUCCGCAUCUCUCGCCCGAUGUGGGCGGCGGCAUGGCACGGCUGGGCGUCGGCUUGGAGGGAGCCACGCCCACAGCAGCUACGAAUGCUCACAUGGCCAGCGCAUCGCCCUGCAGCUCGGCGUCCCCAGCAUCCGCAUCUGCAUCGAACUCUAGUCACAGUCACUCGUCGCAGCUGGAGCAGCGCGGCUCGCCCAAGAGCUGCUCCAACUCCCCAUCCACAGCAGCACUAAGCACAGCCACAACAGCAGCAACAACUUCAACAAACGCUGUAACAACAUCGACACCAACCAAAACUGGACGCAAGUUCGAGGAGCUGGUCAUGGAGGUCACUUCGGAGAUGGACGGCAGCGAUAUGAUUGUCGCCGAGCACGUUGUAGUCGAGGACACGGCGUCCAAGGCGCCGAAGAAACCACCGUUUACAUACACGGAACUCAUCGAAUACGCCCUCGAGGACAAGGGUGAGCUAACGGUGUCUGGAAUAUACCAAUGGAUAUCCGAUCGCUUUCCGUACUACAAAUCGAACGAUGAUCGCUGGAAGAACUCGGUGCGGCACAAUCUCUCGAUCAAUCCGCACUUUCGCAAAGGCGUGAAGGCACCGCAAGGCGCUGGCCAUCUGUGGGCCAUAUCCAGCGGCGACUCAGCGGAGAAUGUCUUAGCCUGGGAGCAUAAAAAGCAACGCUUGGACUUGUUCUUCAAAAUGGAAUCGAUCAAUCGCGAGCGCAUUCAACAGCAUCAGCAGCAAAUGCACCAGCAGCAGCAACAGCAGCAGCAGCAACAACAGCAGCAGCAGCAACAACAGCAGCAGCAACAGUUGCAACAACAACAGCAACAACAGCAACAGCAGCAACAGUUGCAACAACAACAUUCGCACUCGCCGCAGCAGCAAUCGACCAAUUGCAUCUAUGAUGAGGCAGCUGUUGCUGCUGCUGCGCUCACCCACGAGAUGCUGCAGCAGACGCCCAGCGAAUCGUCGCCCUCAUCGCAUCCGCAUCCGCAUUCGCAGCGGCUGUUGCCCUUCAGCGAUCUGCUGAGCGACGAUGAGCUACGCAAGACGGCGGGACAGAUCCUCAAUGGCAUCCAUCGAGAGGUGGAGGUGCAGUCCGUCAACUCCAUCAUCAGCACCUAUCAGGAUGUUCUGCUCGACAAUGACUAUCUCAAUCCCAUACACAAGGACGUCGUUGUUACGGAGAGCGGACUGCGCCAGCAUCAACAUCAGCAUCAGCAUCAACAGCAGCAUCAACAGCAGCUGCACAGCGGGAGCAGCAGCAGCCUACUUGCGGGCAGCCUCGGCAACUCGCAAUACUACAUCACAGAGAUCGAUCCCAUGGAGCUGGGCAUACAGAUGUCCCACCAGGUGGAACCGUCCGAGGAGGAGGUGCUAUUCAGCGAUGAUUUCAAUCUCAAUUACUUUGGCUAUAAUCCGGGCAGCGACAUUGUCGCUUGA